AUGUGUGAUGAAGAUGAAACCACUGCUCUUGUAUGUGAUAAUGGCUCUGGGCUUUGCAAAGCUGGAUUUGCAGGGGAUGAUGCACCAAGGGCUGUUUUUCCAUCGAUUGUUGGACGUCCUCGACACCAGGGUGUUAUGGUAGGAAUGGGUCAAAAAGACAGUUACGUUGGGGAUGAAGCCCAGAGUAAAAGAGGGAUCCUGACACUGAAGUACCCCAUUGAGCAUGGGAUCAUCACUAACUGGGAUGACAUGGAAAAGAUUUGGCAUCAUUCUUUCUAUAAUGAACUUCGUGUUGCCCCAGAAGAGCAUCCUGUGCUGCUGACUGAGGCCCCCUUGAAUCCUAAGGCUAACCGGGAAAAAAUGACUCAGAUCAUGUUUGAGACAUUCAAUGUACCUGCUAUGUAUGUAGCAAUUCAGGCAGUUCUAUCUCUAUAUGCAUCUGGUCGAACCACUGGAAUCGUUCUGGACUCCGGGGAUGGUGUCACACACAAUGUACCCAUCUAUGAAGGUUAUGCUUUGCCCCACGCCAUCAUGAGGCUGGACCUGGCAGGCAGAGACCUCACCGAUUAUCUCAUGAAAAUUCUCACAGAAAGAGGCUAUUCUUUCGUCACCACUGCGGAGCGUGAAAUUGUGCGGGACAUAAAGGAGAAGCUUUGCUACGUGGCUUUGGAUUUUGAGAAUGAAAUGGCAACAGCCGCUUCCUCUUCUUCUCUUGAGAAGAGUUAUGAGCUUCCUGAUGGGCAAGUCAUCACCAUUGGGAAUGAAAGAUUCCGAUGCCCAGAAACUCUCUUCCAACCUUCAUUCAUAGGAAUGGAAUCUGCAGGUGUUCAUGAAACCACUUAUAACAGCAUUAUGAAAUGUGAUAUUGACAUCCGUAAGGAUCUCUAUGCUAAUAACGUGCUCUCUGGGGGAACAACAAUGUACCCUGGUAUUGGUGAUCGCAUGCAGAAAGAGAUUACAGCUUUGGCUCCAAGUACUAUGAAGAUUAAGAUGAUCGCACCACCAGAACGUAAAUACUCCGUCUGGAUUGGGGGCUCAAUCUUGGCUUCUCUGUCUACCUUCCAGCAAAUGUGGAUCAGCAAAGAUGAAUACGAGGAAGCUGGUCCUUCCAUUGUCCAUCGCAAAUGCUUUUGA